AUGCAGAAGCUGGUCGCCGAGAUCGAUACUAAAUAUACCCCUAGAGGAGUAACUUUCUUUAACCUCCAACCCCGUUGCAAUCACGCUUCGGUCAAUGAGCUGACAUAUUCAAACGUCUGUGGCAGUUUGUAUCCACGCUUUCCACCACAAGCCUUGCUGAGAAGUCUCGCUAUCUUGUAUUUCGCGAUUUGCGGCAUCAUGGCCGCCGUGACUGAUCAUCGCUUUGACAUUCAGAAGCGACAAUCGAAAGAGCCACAGCGCUGCCUGCGAACGUUGACCACCGAGAUUGCUUCGAUUCGCAUCGCUCUCCUGCCCUGGCACUUCAAUCCCGCGAGAUGUCAUGCGGUUCAGGAAGACGACAAGGAGCACCGUGAACGUCUUGAGAACCUACUGACACUGGAAUGUGCGGAUCUACUGCUCGCCAGAGCAACAUCUCAAAUCCCCGAGCUCGCUAAAGCCUACGAGGUGGUACCGAUCAUACAGACGUGGAGGCCCCAAUACUUCCUGCGCAUGAGCUCCAUGUGUUCCUUCAUCGUCUACUUAGCCGUGGUCGUCUUGAUUCACGAAGACGCCCUCGCCCGCAGAGUUUCCAAGCCCUACCGCCCUAAUUUCGCCCGCGACAUCGAGCUGACGACCCUAUUCCUUUAUCAAGUAGGUCGGUAUUGGGCCAUUGCCACACAACUAGUACGCGCCGCUAGAGGCUGGCUCACGGCUAUUUCAACGGAAGUCACGCAUAAGGAUGCCGUCCGGACGCUCUAG